AGGAAAGCGAGCGGCGCAUAUCAGUCUUCAGCCCCCUCAGGCACUGGGCAUGUUGCAUGUGCUUGCUUCGUUCGAUCGAACCAACCCGAACCAACUGACCAACUUAACCAACCUGUCGGUGCCUCUUUAACUCACCGACCUAGUUAAUUCAUCUUUGGUGGUGAAUUGCAACGGGCUAUUAUUUUUUUUUGGCACACCGACCUUGCUUGAAAUUGAUGUUUCCCAAGAGAGAUAAAACAGCCGCGCACGCAAACUGUUAAUUGUCACUAUCGAUUGUCGCUUUAAAUGAGCUACCGACGGUGAACGACUGACGUCAGAACCCGCCAUCGGCGUAUCCUCGAAUUGUCCUCGGUCAAAUUAUCGCCAACAUAUAUACGUACAGAUUCCAAGCUGCAGGACAACAUAAAAAGAAAGUAAACAAAAACAUCCCUGUCGGACGACCUCCACGGGGUCGUCUUGACCAGAGCACCAUGGUUACGAGAAAAGCUCUCCCCGACGACGCUCGCCUCGAUAACUCCGCUAGUGGCAGCCGACCGUCUACUUCGCUCCAAGACGACCAUUCACAACUUGAUGGCUGGGCAAGGGAAGAUUGGCGCACUGACCCUAAUGAUAUCAAUGGCCGCAUUCCGAUACAUGCUCACCAACGACAUGGCUCUUCCCCAGACCCCGCGCUGGCAAAUGUACCAAACGUGCUUCGUCCUGGCGCAGCACCAUCGACACCUGGAAGCAGCUUCUCCAACCAGGAAGGCCCCGAAGAAAAUGUUUGGAAGGACGAAAGCCCGAGACUUCUCCCGCAGCAGGUGACAGGCAAUAACAAUGGUGGACAUCAGCCCGGGAUCGGAGGUACAAGCCCGGCUACGAUGAGUUUUCCAAGUGACGUGCCAGAAGCCCUCAGGCCUGGCGGUGCAGGUGUAACAAAGCACAACACAAACCCCUUCAAGAGGAAACCGACACCGGGCUCAGCAGCCUCGGCGAACCAUAUCGUACCAUCAGUGACACUUACAUCACCCACACCGCCCUCGGCUCCAUUCUCUCAAUUGAGCAUCACGCCUAGCGAUGGGAGUAACAAUCCAUGGCGGCCGGCUCUGGACGAGAAGAACAACAUCAUCGAGAAGCGCAAAGAGCCAUUAGCUUUCUCUAGUGCGGACGAUCGGGAGCUAGGUAGAGACAUCUGGUCUGCUGCUGCGGACAACUCCCAAGACCACCAGCCCACCAGUGCCAAGGCAACAGCAUCUCCAAACGACAGCCCCGGGUCUCCAGCCUUGAUUUCAUUCUCAACAGAGGAGGAGGAUGCAUCUGCAUGGGGUGAGGCAACGCGGCCACCGCCACCCACCAAGGCAGUUCCGUCUGCUGGAGGCGCUGACGACGAACUGGCUGAGGGCAGUCACGCGUGGGACGACCUUGGAACUCGCAACAAGGGCAAGGGGCCAGUCAUCCCUAACAUGGCUGCCAACGCCAGCCAGACGAGUGAAUGGAACCUCAUAGAUAGCGAUCCAAGCCCUGGCGAUUUAUCCCGGCGAAGUACAUGGGAAAAUUUUGACGACGCACCGGAAGCCGCCACUGGAACCGGGCCCGUGAGCCGGGCCGCUACUACGGAUGCCCACGAAGCUGGCUCGACAGAUCAGGCAGGUUCAGGUGCAGCCAUGUCCUCUGAUCCAGGUCCACCACUGCCACCUCGAACAUCGAGAGAGGGCCAAGCUCCGCAACGCGCCACUGGUUCUGGAGCAGUCAAGAACGAGACUUAUCAGAUCAAGAACAUCAACUGGUACGAUGCCAAUGCAGCAAAGAACCCGCGCACAUCACCAAUACUUGUGCAAAACGCCAACGGCCCAUGCCCCCUACUAGCCCUUGUCAACGCGCUCAGUCUCACAACGCCCGCAGACUCGCAGACGGCGCUUACCGAUACGCUUCGAUCGCGUGAGCAAAUAAGCCUCACAUUUUUACUCGAUGCUGUGUUUGACGAACUCAUGUCCCCGAGGCGACUGUCGGAAGACGCUGCCCUUCCCGACGUCACGGAGCUAUACGAUUUCCUGAAAGGGUUACAUACGGGGAUGAAUGUCAACCCUCGAUUUUUACCCACGGAUGAAGUGAUCAAUGCGUUUAAGAGAACUUCGCUCACGCAUGUUCACCCCAGCCAACGUAGUGACAACAUGGUUCCGGGGACGUUCGAGGACACUAAGGAGAUGAGGCUUUACUCGAUCUUCGCUAUUCCGCUUAUCCACGGAUGGAUACCAUCGCAAGAUGAUGAGGCCUACGCUGCCUUCAAGAGGCACGCAGCCUCAUACGAAGAUGCGCAGAAUUUGUUGUUCCGGGAAGAGGAGUUAGAGGAUCGACUUACUAAUUCGGAUAGAGGCUUGACGGAAGAGGAACAGGGUCUGUACCAAGAUAUUUUCACCAUCAAGGGAUUCCUGGAUUCGUCGGCUACGCAACUCACAAGGUACGGUCUAGAGGUGAUCACAGAGGCUAUGAAACCUGGAUCUGUCGCAAUCCUCUUUCGCAACGAUCACUUCUCCACUCUGUAUCGACACCCGCAAACUCUCGAGAUUCUAACUCUGGUAACGGAUGCGGGCUACGCGGGGCACGCAGAAGUAGUGUGGGAGUCUCUUGUGGAUACUACUGGGGAAAGGGCCGAGUUCUUCUCGGGCGAUUUUCGCGUUGUCGGUGGCGCGGGCGAAAAUCAGUACAAAACCCAAAGCGGUUCGCAGAAGCAUAGCAGCGCAUCGGGCUCAAUUUCAGACGCUGCUGGAAGCUGGCAGACGGCCAGGGGCCGGCGAGGCAACCGCAGUGGCUCAGGCGGCGAAGGCUCCUCCAGUUCAGCGCCACAACAAGUUCCAAGCUCCCCAAUGGCGGAGCAGGAAGACCGCGACUUGGCCCUGGCUAUGCAGCUGCAGGAAGAAGAAGAUGAGCGGCACCGCGAGGAGCAGCAAAGAAGACAGCGUGAGAGCCUGCUGUCGGAGCAGUAUAUCGAGCAACAGGCACAAGGACGUCACCAAGGCGGAGCUAAUACGAGCUCCGCCGCUAGCAAUGGCGGACGUCGGCGGACAAGUUCGGGGGCGGUGUCUGUGCCUGUCACAGGAACAGCAGCCAGGCCGGCCCCCAUUAAUCAGGUUGUCCGGUCGCUAGUGCCUGCUCCGGUUGUGUCGAGGCCGAGAGUGAACAGACCGGUAGAUGAGAAUGCGACCGAGGAGGGUCCCCCGACCUAUGAGCAAGCGUCGAAACAGGAGGCUUACAUUCCACCUGAGGGCCAUCCGAGCCAUCCGGCGAGCAGCCCAGUUGCACCAGGGUCUCCUAGCGCCAGCACAACGACGGCAGCGGCAGCGGCUCCUGUUACAGGUAUUCGGCCGCCCGGGAUGCGGCCGGAUGCACGGGUGGCCCCUGGAUCAUAUCCGCAGUCGAACAGUAGUGCCAGCUCGGCAGGGCGUGGAGGGCCGCAUAGGUAUGGGGUCCCCGCUGUUGGGGUUCCUACGGGUCUUCCCCCAAGAGAGCGGGAUUGUGUCGUGAUGUGAAAGUGCAAGGGCCCUUUGGGCUCGAUGUUUGGUUUAUGAGGAUAUGAAGUAAUGCUACUAAACUGGGGUCAUGAUUCUUCUAUAUUUAUUUAUCUAUUUUUCCUUUUGAAUUGCGGCUGUUUACGUGAAAGAAGGCUUCUGGGCGCAUCGUGGUUGUUCUGCAGAGUUAUUCUCAUUUAACACCGUAGAAUACAACAGUAAGCGAUCCACACAAGAUCCGCCGUACCAGGAAAUACAAGGUUGAGAAUUUGGACAAGAAUUUUGACAAGACUUUGAUGCGGAACAACAAGCUUACUCAAUGAGCCAACAUUGCAGUCGAUGGAAUAAAGCGCCGAUUUCAUUACUGCUCCGAGGUGGUUUUGUUGAAUUGGAUUAUUCU